GCCUGAGUGCACAACUCCCAGGCUAGAUAAAAAGUUUGUUCUUCACUUUCCAGUUUGAAGUAGAAGAAAGUCAUGUGUGAGAGUUAAUACUCGCCAGUUAAUGCUGUGAGAGAAUUUAAGUGCAGUUUGGGAUGAACAAAGCAGUAGCAACGCUAGUGGAAGAACCAGGAGGAAAGAGCAAGCUCAGAUUAUUCAUCAGCAUGGUUACCUGGUAAUGAGUCAUUGUGGCAGGCCACAACUGUUCCAUCUAGCCAUCGGAAUAACCAUAUCAGGAGACACAGUAUAACUUCUGACAGUGGGGACACUGGCAUUGGCACUUCCUGUUCUGACAGUGUGGAAGAUCACUCAACGUCAAGUGGCACACUAUCUUUUAAACCUAGUCGAUCAUUGGUUACUCUUCCCACUGCCCAUGUGAUGCCAUCUAACUCCAGUGCUUCAAUUUCCAAACACAGGGAAUCUCUAGCAUCAGAUGGCUCUAAAUGGAGUACAAGCCUCAUGCACACACUGGGAGACCACAGAAGACAGGAGCAGGACUCUUCACUAGACAUGAAGGACUUCAGGCCCCUACGGAAAUGGUCAUCUUUGUCCAAACUUACUGCCCCGGAUAACUGCAACCAGAGUGGCAUUGUAUACACAGAUGAGUUGAGGAAUGAGCUGCAAAAGACAGGGAAGGGCAAGGCUUUCCCAAACCAUGUAAGGACCUUUGGGCCUAGUUGCUUACAUGACAGUAUGGAGAUGCUUAAGCUGGAAGACAAGGAAAUAAAUAAAACACGGUCAUCAACUCUGGAUUGCAAGUAUAAAUUUGAGAGCUACAACAAAGAGGACAUCAGAACCGCCUCCUCUGCUUUCAGGAGACAGACCUUAGACAUGACUUACAGUGCCUUACCUGAGAGCAAGCCCAUUGUGACAGGUUCAGAGGCUUUUGAGUCUCCAAAGUAUUCAAUGCUUGGCCAGCAGGCAGUAGGUGGAGUUCCCAUUCAACCUUCUGUGAGGACGCAGAUGUGGCUUACAGAACAGUUACGGACAAAUCCAUUGGAAGGCAGAACUACAGAGGAUUCUUACAGCUUAGCUCCUUGGCAACAGCCACCAAUAGAAGAGUUUCAUCAAGGAAGUGAAGCACCAAUGCAGGAAAAGAAGAUGCCAAAUGCCAGACAGCACAGAGUAACUGUCCAGGUUUUGCCUGGAUCAUCCCGUCAGAGUUGCUCACCUUCUGGCUUUCAGGAUUUCAGUAAGUGGGAAUCAGUAUUGAAAAUAAAAGAAGGACUUCUAAGGCAGAAGGAAAUCGUAAUUGAUAGGCAGAAGCAACAAAUUAACCACUUACAUGAAAGGAUAAGAGAUAAUGAACUACGGGCCCAACAUGCCAUGCUGGGGCAUUAUGUAAAUUGUGAAGAAUCUUACAUGAGCAGUUUGCAGCCACAAUAUGAGAACAGUUCAGUCCAGACUCCAUUUUCGGAGCAGUCAUUGUCCCAUCCCCAGCAAGAGGAACUUGAGCAAAAGCUAGCAUCUACUGAGAAAGAAGUGUCACAGCUCAAUGAGUUUCUUAAACAAAGAAUAAACCAAUUUAGUGAAGAGAAGAAGAAAUUGGAGGAAAAGCUGAAAACCAGAGAUAGAUACAUCAACAGCCUGAAAAAGAAAUGCCAGAAGGAAGCAGAGCAAAACAAAGAAAAGCAGAGAAGAAUUGAGACAUUGGAAAAGUAUCUGGCCGAUCUUCCAACUCUAGAUGAUGUACAGAGUCAGAGUCUACAGCUGCAAGUUCUUGAAGAAAAAAACAAGAAUUUGCAAGAGACUUUGAUAGACACAGAGAAGAAGCUUGAGGAGAUUAAGAAGCAAUGUCAAGAGAAAGAGAUGCAGCUCCUUUGCCAGAAGAAGAAGGAAAAGGAGCUGGUGACUUCUGUGCAGAGCUUACAACAAAAAGUAGAAAAAUGCCUUGAAGAUGGAAUACGCCUUCCCAUGUUGGAUGCGAAACAGCUCCAAAGUGAAAAUGACAAUCUCAGAGAGCAGAAUGCAACUGCCAGUAAGAUAAUAGAGAGCCAGCAGGAUGAAAUUAACAGAAUGAUUUUAGAAAUUCAGUCUAUGCAAGGGAAUCUUUCUAAAGAGAAACGGACUGCAAAGAGCAUGGUAGAAGAGCUCGGAAGAAAAGAAGGAAGCCUCCAGAGGUUAACAGAAGCACUGUUCCAAAACCAAAGACAAACAGGAGAGACAUACUCUUUACUGGAUCAGGGCCAGGAAGCAGAGCAGUCUGGGCUGCAGACCCUCCAUUCUAAGUGGCCUCUCUUUGAUCUGACUGUGAUUGACCAGCUGUUCAAGGAAAUGUCUUAUUGUUUGUUUGACUUGAAAGCAUUGUGUAGCAUUCUUAAUCAACGAGCUCAGGGCAAGGAGCCUAACCUGUCCUUAUUACUGGGAAUCAGAUCAAUGAACUGUUCAGCUGAAGAGACUGAAAAUGACCACAGCCCAGAAGCACUCACUAAAAAGCUCUCAGAUGUGUGCCAGUUACGGAGGGACAUUGAUGAAUUAAGGACUACAAUAUCAGACCGCUAUGCUCAGGACAUGGGAGACAACUGUGUUACCCAGUGAUCAAGUGUUGGGCCACAGCAACAAUGAUCCAUUGUGAAAUGCUGCUGUGUUAGACUCCUUUGGUUUUUUUAGGACUAUAAGGGAAAGGUGAAGCUCCUUGUAGUGGACUUCAGCUUUGUUGUUUCUGUUGUUAGGUUUGCUUUUCUGAGGAAGUUUGAAGGGGCUGAUCAAAUCAGGCAAGCAAUCAUGUUACUAUUUGAAAAAUGAGAUAAUGUCUGAAAGAAAAAGAACAAAACAACCUGCAUUUUCAAACUACUGAUUGUAGGACCAAGCUGUGAACAGUGCUCUUCAGAUAAAGGCAUAGGGUUUCCUUACUCCUGUCAUUUUGUGUACGUACAUGUGAGUGCUCAUUCAUUCUCUUGCUUGAUCACUCUGUCUCUGUCUGUUUGUCUUUCUGUCUGUGUGUGCUUGCCAUGCGUGUGCAUUUGCAUAUGCAUGGACUCUGUCAACACAGUAAUGGGAUUUCAAGGGUCAAAGCAAGACUUUAAAAGGCACACACUGUUGAUUCUUCACUUUGGAUUCUUCUAGGCAGACUGACCUGAUCCAGUUCCAGGGCAGUGUUCUAAUACAGAAGGCUAGCAAGGAAAGUCAUUAGUACUUUAAAAAGUGGCUGUAUUGAGAUGGUGCGCUUGCUGAUUUUGGCACUGGGGACAGCUGUUUCUUCCACAGUGGUCAUAGAUUGUCUCAGCAGUGUGAAGCUGCCAUGAGGAUUUUUCCAUUGGCUUUGUAUGAAAAGUUAAUAUACAAAAAGUAAUUGCAAUUAAUUUCAGCAUACCCCUUACUAUUUGUAAUCUUUAUUUAUGAUAUAUAUGUAAAGAGAGCCAUAUAAAAUUAAUAGGAGCCCUCUGAGGCCUUCAGUGACUAGUAUAAAAAGGAAGAUGAUAAAGUAACUCUGGCAGGGCUGAUUUUUAUCCACACUUAGGCACUCACAUUUAAGCAGUGUCGGGCCUGCUUUAAACUACUUUAAGAGAAAGCCAACUCAUUAUUCAUAUAUGAAUUAACAGUAACAUAAAACAAAGCCUAAGUCUCAGUGAUAUUUUAAUUACUAGAUUUGUUGCAUUACAAACAGCUUGUCAUGGAGUGUGAUAUUGCUUAGGUUGGUUCAUUUGGAGCACAGGGUACUACUAUGUAAUGCAACUCAUUUGAGCAGAUACAGUCAUUUAAACUUCAAAUAAUAUUGUCUGUGUAUCAUUUUAUGUUUUAGAAAGAUUAUAUAUUUUAUUGCCAGCUGAGAACUCAUUACAAUCUUUUUAAUACAGGCAAAGCAUUGCCUUUUAUGGGUGUGUUUUUCCUUCCUUCCUUUCCUUCCUUUUUCCCUCCCUUCAUCCCUCCCUCUCCACUUAAUGCAACCCAAUUUUCUUCAGACAGGACUACAUAGGUGGGAGAUUAAUUAAUUAAUUAAUUAAUUAAGAUGCAACCCAAUUUUCUUCAGGCAGGACUACAUAGGUGGGAGAGUAAAGGGUGUGGAGCCGGCAGGAUAGUACUGUUGACUGGCAUAAACUGUUUUCUUGCUAAGCUUAUUCUGGUAGGAAAGAUUUUUCUUAAUCUCAUCAAUGAGAACUUAGUAGAACAGGCCUUUAAGGAGAUUGCUUAGGAAGAUAAUUAGUUCAGAAUUGAAUUGUCCAUAUUCAUUUGGUAGUUAUAUUUCAGUAGUUGGUUAUACUAUAUAAUAAUGACAGAUUUCCCUUCUAUUUAGUGCUAAAUCCACUCUACUCCUCUUGGGAUCUGACUACUAAUAAAUCAGUGUGUUGAAGCGAGUAUGCAACCUAGCUCUCUAACCCAGAGAGAAUUCUGUCUAAGAAUUUGGUUCUUUAAAAAUGUGUUCAUUGGGUUUGGGGGGGGUAAUGUUUUAAUGAUAAUCAAGAAAUUGUUCACUGCAAAAAUACAUGCUGUGCAAAAAGUAACAUGUGUAGAUGGUCCCAAGCUGUAAAGUCAGAUAAUAACAUCUACUUGGUCAACCGCUACAACAGUAACAGAUUUACUUUGGCUUUGGAUAGAGUCCUCCCUGUUCUUUCAUGGUGUCAGAAAUACAGCCACCUAAAACCAUAGCCCUGUAGAGCAACUAUUGCUGAUGUGUGUUAGCAUCUUCUUAGAGUACCUAAGUCCUAGGUUCUUAGUUUCAUGCUUUGAGUUUUUCUACUUACUGCUUUUUAAAACAAAUUUACGGUCAUCUACACAUAGAGACAUGCACAAAUACCUUUCGUCUGGCCAUUUGCAAUAAAUAAUUUUUGUUUCGGCUAGCUUUCUAAAACUUAAUAAAUUUAAUUCGCAUAUGUUAGAAUAAAAAUUUUUAAUUAAGAAAUUACCAAACUCUUAUUGAUACAUUUUAAUUUUUAAACUGUAUGCUACCAUUAAAAAGACAUUCAGAUGUGUUAGAUUUUGAUUCAUAUUUUGAUAUAAUUGACUACAAAAUACUAAUCUCUUACUAGAGUCUAGAGUUAAUGAAGGACUGUGAUAGCAAGGAGUCAGCUUUGGAGGGAAUUUUGAGGAAGACGGAGCUAGUUAUGUUCUAGUUAGUCAGCAUUUCAUUUUCCAGAAACAUCUCCUGCCUUGAGACACACCCAUGUUAGAAUAAUAAUAAUAUCACAUCCAUUGAAAACAAAAAAUUAUCAUUAGGUCAAGUGCAAUGGCAAACAGCAAUUCUAUAGUGUUUUGUCCACAUUUUGAAGUAGGGUGUACAUGGAGUUACUAUAAUAACAUAAGCCUACAAUAAGAAGGAACUUAACUCUAAAGUAAAUCUAUCUGUAAAUUUUCAUAUGCAAUGAUCUUUUUUCAUUUAUGCAUUUGUGUAUAAAGUCUUAUUCUCCUAAGAAGUGUUACACAGUAUUUUUACUUUUAGUCUAUUCAAGGUGAAGCCAUUUGAACACAGCCACGUAGAACAGAGGUAGGCUAACAGUUGCUGCAGGAAAGUCACCGUUUCCCUAUGCCAGUAGAACUAGCUGAAUCAAGGACACAGAGAUGCACUGUUCUCGCGUGUGAUGUCAGAAAAGCAGACUUAAACUUAGUGCGUUUCCAAUGGCGUCUGGUUGUAAGAGUCUUGACAAGAUACAUAUACAAGAAUUUUAUUCUUAAGAGCAUGGUCCCUUUUAAUACUUGGAAUGGAUUCACUAUUUAAAGUUAGUAUUAUUAUAUCUUAGUGAUGGUUGUGGGAUUUUAAUUUUGUGAAACUGAAUUUAACUUUUAGUAGCUUGUUAGAAAAAUAUUAAGAGCUAGAAAAUGUUGCUAAAGGGAAUAUUGGACAGUUCGACUUAGAACGUUGUGAGGAAAUAUUGUUCUUGUUUCAGACUCAUUGGGAAUCUCGGGCAGGUUGUAAAGGGACCGUUUCGUUGGAGAAUGCUCUUUAAAUAUCAGCAAUAUUGAGCAACAGGAGCUGAGCAACAGGCUAUUUUGCACAGUACUGUUCAGUGCUAGCACACCUCUGGUUUAGAUUGCUGGAGUUCUUGUCUAUAUUUCUGUCACCGGAUAUAUGGUAGAGUGAUAGGAUGUUCUCUGAAUGGCCACACAGACCAAGCAGAUGACAUUUGGAGCCACCAGUAGCCCUUGCUUCCCAUUCGUUUCCAUUUCUGACAGUUCUUUUCAGUGCUCACGAACGAAGAGAAACUGUGUCCUGUUUGGUACAAAGAGUAAAAUUUCAAUUUCACCCCCAAAACACACUGAUGGUAAUUGCUGUAUGAAUGCAUCAUACAUUUAAUCAUGAAAGGGAAUGAUUGAGAUUCUUAUUAUUUAAAUGAAAUAUUCAAUAUAAUAGAAUGUACUUUGAAAUCAAUAAGUCAUUGGCAACACUGUUGCAGCUGCAUACAGAGAGAACCUUUUGUGCCUUUUUGCCUGCAGUGUUUAUUUCUCUUACAUGAACUAUGAGAAUGUUGAUUAUUGCACCUUGUUCUUUGGUAAAUAGACUUAAGAAUUUUUCUAAAAAGAGCCAUUUCUUCUUAGAUGAUAGUUACCUUAGUAAACUUGAGAGGAUGUAUAUCAUAUUUGGAUGUGUUUGAAGCUCAGCCUUUUCUGUAUAGAGAGCAGGAAAUUCCUUUAAAAUGUACUCAUUUGUAUGUAUGUGUGUGUAUUUAUAUAUUAUAUAUGCAGUUAUUUAAAUACUUAAGCAUGAAAUUGACAUAAUGUUGGCGUGGUGACCAGAAGUAGUAAGGUGCUAGACGGUCACAUUAAAAGCACAGCACAGCAGAGUGUGCAAUCAGUCACUGACUGGUGGGUUUGUAAACUAGGUUCAGUUUUUGAACCACCAGAAUACCUCAUGUGUAAAUACAGUGUUCAUGAUUUAACUGAAAUACAGUUAUUGUAAAAAAAAAAUGUGAAGCCACUGGCUGGCUUAUGCCUUCUGACUUUGUUUUUCCUCCUUUUUGGAAAGGAGUUGUUUUUGGUUUUGUUUUUUAAAUAGGGUUUACAGCUAGAAAUUUGAAUGCCAAAGUUCUAUUUAUUAAACUAAGAGAAAAAGUUUUCAAUGUUAAUGGCUAGUAUUUUUCCACUGGACUAUUGUUUGUUGAUGUUGGAAUUUGUAUUUACAGAGAAAUAAAUUUUUUACAAAAAUA